AUGAAAUUAUCACCACGAGAACAGGAAGGCCUCCUUGUUUAUCAGGCUGGUAGUGUGGCCCAGAGACGUCUUGCACGGGGUGUCAGGUUAAAUCACCCUGAAACUGUCGCUCUGAUUGCUUUACAACUGCAAGAGCUAGCAAGAGAUGGUCUUUCGGUGUCUGAAUUAAUGGAUCUAGGGAGAAGAAUGCUUGGUCGUAACCAGAUAAUGCCUGGUGUUGGUGACAUGUUGAAUGAGAUCCAGGUUGAAGCUACUUUUCCUGAUGGCACAAAAUUGGUGACUGUUCAUGCACCAAUUUGUGCCGAUGACGGUGAUAUGGAUUUAGCUUUCUAUGGUAGCUUCCUACCAAUACCUGAUUUAAACGUAUUUAGUCCAGAUUCUAAGGUAUUUUUAAUCAUUCCUGGUGAAAUCAUGCCGCAAAAAGGGGAGAUAACUAUAAAUAAAGGUAGACAACUCAAAUCUCUGAGAGUUACCAGUGUUUGUGAUAGACCAAUUCAGGUGGGAUCUCACUAUCAUUUUAUAGAAGUCAAUAAAUAUUUAACUUUUGAUAGAAGACAAUCAUAUGGAAUGAGAUUGAAUAUUCCGGCUGGAACCGCUGUGAGAUUUGAACCUGGUGAUACCAAAACUGUAUGUCUAACGUCCAUAGCGGGUAACAGAAUAAUAAGAGGAGGAAAUAGUCUGUGCGAUGGACCAGUGAAGGAAGAACGUGUUGUACCAAUAAUGAAUAAAAUAGCACAGAAGGAGUUUGGUCACAAGGAUCAGGUAUUGGAUUGGUUCUCUGAAGUUCUUGCCACUAAACCAGCCACCAUUUCAAGAACUAUUUAUGCUCAUACAUAUGGUCCCACCACAGGUGAUAAGGUGCGUCUAGGAGACACCAGUUUGAUAAUUGAAGUAGAGAAAGACCAUACAGUGUAUGGUGAAGAAUUAACAUUUGGUGGUGGGAAGGUAUUGCGUGAAGGUAUGGGACAGGCGGCUAAUAGACCGUGUCUAGAGGUACUGGAUACUGUAAUAUCCAAUGCAUUGAUAGUAGAUGCUGUGACUGGUAUAAUCAAAGCUGAUGUAGGAAUUAAGAAUGGUAAAAUCGUAGGAAUUGGUAAAUCUGGAAAUCCUGACAUUAUGGACGGCGUUGACAAGAAUCUGAUUGUCGGUGCUGGUACAGAGGCUAUAGCUGGUGAAGGUCUGAUAUUAACAGCUGGAGGUAUUGAUGCUCAUGUCCAUUUUAUUUGUCCACAACUGAUUCGGGAGGCAAUCGCGUCUGGUUUAACUACAUUGCUUGGUGGAGGCACGGGACCUGCAACCGGUACUAAUGCUACAACAUGUACACCAGGACCUAAUCAUAUCAAACAAAUGUUACAGAGUACUGAUGCUUUCCCGAUGAAUUUUGGGUUUACUGGUAAGGGUAAUACAUCAGCUCCAGAUCAAGCUGUAGAUUUAAGAGAUCAAAUAUUAGCUGGGGCUGUAGGAUUAAAAUUACACGAAGAUUGGGGUUCUACACCAUCAGCUAUUGAUACGGCUUUAAGAACGGCUGAGGAAUAUGAUGUUCAGGUAAUGUUGCAUACGGAUACCCUCAAUGAGUCAUCUUGUGUAGAACAGACUAUAGAAUCUCUUCAAGGACGUACUAUCCAUGCUUACCAUUCUGAAGGUGCUGGAGGAGGACAUGCACCAGAUAUAAUUAAAGUGUGUGGUGUAAUGAAUGUGUUACCAUCUUCUACCAAUCCAACAAGACCAUAUACAUCCAACACCAUUGACGAGCAUUUAGAUAUGUUGAUGGUGUGUCACCAUUUAAACAAAAAUCUGAAAGAAGACGUUGCCUUUGCCGAAAGUCGUAUUAGAGCUGAAACUAUAGCAGCUGAAGAUAUUUUACAUGAUAUGGGUGCAAUAAGUAUGAUGGCUUCUGAUUCACAGGCCAUGGGUAGAAUUGGUGAAGUUAUAACACGCAAUUGGCAAACAGCUGAUAAGAUGAAGUUAUUUAGAGGUCAACUUCCGGAAGAAACAGGAGAAAAUGACAAUGAACGUGUUAAACGAUACGUAGCCAAAUACACUAUUAACCCUGCUUUAGCUCAUGGUUUUAGUCACAUCGUUGGAUCAGUUGAGGUUGGUAAACUAGCAGAUUUGGUGUUAUGGAACCCAGCAUUUUUUGGUGCCAAACCAAACAUGAUAAUCAAAGGAGGACAGAUAGCAUGGGCACAAAUGGGAAUGCCAAACGCAUCUAUACCUACACCAGAACCAGUUAAACAAAGAAAAAUGUUCGGAGCGUAUGGAAAAUCUGUCGGUGCUCAUUCUGUUGUAUUCGUUUCAAAGGCGUCGUUAGAAACUGGCUAUGUACAUGAUUAUGGUUUAAGUAAAUCUAUUGUAGCUGUGAAAUCAUGUAGAACUGUCAACAAGACCAGUAUGAUAAGGAAUAAUUAUUGUCCAAAUAUUGAAGUUAAUCCACAAACGUAUAAAGUUCAACUACUCCAUGAUGAAGACGAUGGCAGUGUCAAACCGGAAGUUCUUGAGUGUCCAGCGUCCAGUAGGUUAUCCCUGGCACAGAGGUACUUCCUGUUUUAA